UGAAUGGUUGCUUUGGGGUGCAAUAAUGUACCAAAAUUUCACCCAAUGUAUUUUAGAAAUCUGUCAAUUUGUUUUUGUUAUUGCAGUAUAAACAUAUUUAAAUCAUCUCUCAUAAACCAACUUGUAAUACACAAAAGUAUUUACACAAUAAUAUUGCAGAGUAAAGGAUACUCAAACCUACGUAUUUCCUAAAGAUACUUAUUUGGCAUUUCCCCCUGCCCAUAAGAAAUUUGUCAUUUUCUUGCCAUUCUUUUCAUGCCUUUUUUGUGUAUAUGUCAGGGAUAAUGUAAAUUUAGUGGUUAAUGUACAUAACAACCAGACAUUCAAACACCUCUACACUGCUGUUUGAACUUUGGAAAACCAGAGGUUCAAAAAGCAGCAUGGGGCUGUUUCAAAGCCCUUAGCAAACAGCCUUGCACUUCUGCUUUAAACAUCCAAAUUCCAGAGGUUUAAUGCAGCAACAUGAGGCUGCUUGCAAAGGGCUUUCAAACAGCCACACACUUUAAAGUCCUUCAACUCAGGGCUUCAAAGCACAGCAGCAUCCCCCAAUGUCACUAUAAUGCCAGGUGACUGAUGGGUGGGCAGCCCUACUCACCUGUCAAAUUUGAUAUCUCCCCAUUGGCAGGCCAAUGUGGUCUCCCAGCCAGAAAGUAUUUUCCACCAUUGCUAGACACCCUCUGUUGUUAUUUUCCCAUUCUGUUCCAUCAUGGAUACUUCAAACUCCGCCCACAUUCCAAAAAGUGAUUCUACUCACUGUUGCUAUGGUCAGAAUCAUCCUCCUUCUUUAUCCCACAUGCAGUCUCCUUCCAGUCUUGCUACAGGCCCACCUGCAGCUACAGAGGGCUUCCUUGCCCUGUAUAAGAAGCUGGAGUAGAGUAAUUUAGCAGAAAUUUUUGUCUCUUGGUGGAAAUGAUCAGCAAUUCUGCCAGCUUGUUAAUACUGAUACUACGGAAUGCCCUGGUUGAGGCUGCAGGUCAGACACCACCGAAGGGUUAUAGGUAUGCCUCUUAUGAAGUGACCACUCCUAGAAAACUGACCUAUGGUUAUGGACAACAAGAACCCAGUGAUGUCACCUACCUGCUGCAGAUUGAGGGGCAGGGUCAUGUGGUGCAGCUGAAGCAAAAGAGGGGUAUUGUCCCUAAACAACUCCCUGUCAUCACUUACAGUAAGGAGGGGGACCCCCAGAUGGACUAUCCUUUCAUCAGAGAUGACUGCUUCUACCAUGGCUUUGUACAAGGCAAGCCUUCCUCUUGGGUUACCCUCAGCACUUGUUCAGGGUGGCUCAGGGGUGUGCUGCACUUUGAAAAUAACACCUAUGAAAUUGAACCUGUUCAGGUAUCUUCUGCUUCUCAACACGUGGUGUAUAGGUUGGAAGAAAAGGAUGGGGCUAUCCGCAUGAGGUGUGGGUUAACAGAAGAAGAGCAAAGCCAUCACCUGGCCAUGAUGCAAACCACAAGGAAUAUAUUGACCCACAGUGCUGCUGGUGAAGGCUGGUGGGGACACACUAGGUAUGUGGAGGUUGCAAUUGUGGUAGAACAUGAACGAUAUGUCAAGUUUGGCAGAAAUGAAAGUCGUAUUGUUAUGCAAGUUCUGGAUGUCCUCCACACUGCCAAUGCACUAUAUGAGCCAUUUUCUGUUGAAUUGUCUAUAUCUGCACUGGAGAUAUGGUCAGAAAGGAACCUCAUUCAAGUUACUAACAGUAUAAAUGACACACUUAAGAGUUUCUCACGUUGGAGAACAGCCUCACUAGUUAAACAUAUAAAGAAUGAUGCUGCUCACCUAUUUGUAUAUAAGAGUUUUGGAAGUACAUUUGGAUUAGCAUACAUAGGCACAGUUUGUAGUACCCUUUGGGCAUCUGGUGUUGAAUCCUAUAUGACUUCCAGUUUGUUCCAUAUUUCUAACACAUUUGCCCAUGAAUUAGGACAUAAUCUUGGCAUGCAACAUGAUGGAAGAUACUGUACUUGUGAUCGACAUGCCUGCAUUAUGGCUGCAGAUCAAGCUAACGCUGAUAAAUUUAGUAAUUGCAGUUAUAAAGAUUAUUACAAAAUAAGGAACUCUCAUUGCUUGUUAAUUCCACCAGACCCUUAUAGAACGCAGAAAAUCACAUCUUGUGGCAACAAAGUAGUGGAAAAUGGAGAACAAUGUGACUGUGGUUCAAAACGUGAAUGUAAGUCAGAUCCAUGUUGCCGAUCUAAUUGUAUGCUGCGUUCUGCUGCUACUUGUGCUUUUGGACUUUGCUGUGCUAAGUGUCAGUAUCGUCCAGUUCAUUCUGUUUGCAGACAGAAUGUUGGCCGCUGUGAUCUUCCUGAAUACUGCAAUGGGACUUCAGAAUGGUGUCCUGAAGAUGUGUAUGUACAAGAUGGUGCCCCAUGCGGGGAUGGUGCAUACUGUUACCAUGGGAAUUGCACAACCCAUGACAGACAGUGCAGAAUGAUAUUUGGCAAGAAAGCAACAGCUGCUUCAGAGGUUUGCUUCAAAGAGAUGAAUGCCCGAGGUGAUCGCUUUGGCAACUGUGGCCUUAGUCAUGGCACUUAUAAGAAAUGUAAUGCUACCAAUAGCUUGUGUGGUCGAAUUCAGUGUGAUAACAUUACUAAGUUACCUUCUUUGAAACAACACAGCACAAUAUUUCAAAUACCCAUUGGCAAUAGGAAAUGCUGGGGUACGGACUACCACAUUGGAAUGGAGAUACCUGAUAUUGGAGCAGUGAGAGAUGGGACUCCUUGUGGCAAGAGGAUGAUGUGUAUUAAUGGGGAGUGCAAGAGUGUGUCCCUCUUGAAAUAUGAUUGUAAUGUGACAAAAUGCCAUAAUCGGGGAAGAUGCAACACUUACAAACAUUGCCAUUGUGAUUAUGGCUGGGCUCCUCCAGAUUGUCUCAAUGAAGGCUAUGGUGGCAGUAUUGACAGUGGCCCCCCUCCACCACGCAGGAUUGGCUACAAAGUAGGAAUUUUUAUAGGAAUUGUAUCUAUCCUUUUCCUUCUGUUGGUGUUGGUUUAAGGGAAAUGGACUGAGAAACUAAUUUAAAAGACUGAGUUCAAGAUUCCUUCAAACUGAAUCUAAACAGGAGUAAAACCCACAAUAAAUCAUGGAAGUCAACAAUGCACAUUGUAUAAAAAAUAUACAAAGAAAAUAAUAGGCAAUAUUUUACAAAAAUGUAACUUUGA